GCGGCCGCGCCGAGUGCCGAGCGCCGAGCUGGACUGACCGCGGCGGCCCGCGCCCGGAGGAAGCCGCCGGCCCGCCCCUGCCGCCGCGCUCGCCGUCGCUGGGAUUGAAUUGCGGCGCCGCGGCCGCGGGACUGAAAGGAAGGCGGAGCCGCCGCAGGAGGCGAGGAGGAAGCGAGAGGAGGAUGCCUCGCCCGGCGGCCGCAGCAGCCCGUGACUCGUAGGGCGGCGGGCCUCGCACCAGCGCGAAGUGGACUUUGUCUGCGGGCCCUGCGCUGCCCUCCGCGGUUUCCAGUGGGAUCCCCGAGGAGCCGCGGUCCUCGCUGCUCGCCAGCCUUCUUCACCAUGUCCAAGAUGCCGGCCAAGAAGAAGAGCUGCUUCCAAAUCACCAGUGUCACCACUGCCCAGGUGGCCACUAGCAUCACAGAGGACACCGAGAGCCUGGACGACCCGGACGAGUCACGCACUGAGGACGUUUCCUCCGAGAUAUUCGACGUUUCCCGAGCCACGGAUUACGGCCCUGAGGAGGUCUGCGAGCGCAGCUCCUCUGAAGAGACGCUCAACAAUGUUGGGGACACGGAGACUCCCGGGACUGUCUCCCCGAACCUCCUCCUGGACGGGCAGCUGGCGGCCGCGGCGGCUGCGCCCGCCAACGGAGGAGGAGCCGUUUCAGCCCGGAGCGUGGCCGGUGCACUCUCCAGUUCCCUGGCGGCGGCCGCCACCUCGGCCCCCACCUCGGGGGCACCCGGCGGCCCCCCAGUGGCGGGCUCGUCCAGCGGACCAGGGACGGCCCCUCCAGCGCAGCCCCCCACCACUUGUAGUUCUCGUUUCCGUGUGAUCAAGCUAGACCACGGCAGCGGGGAACCCUUCCGCCGCGGCCGAUGGACGUGCAUGGAGUACUACGAGCGGGACUCGGACAGCAGCGUCCUGACCCGCUCAGGGGACUGCAUUCGGCAUAGCAAUACCUUCGACCAGACUGCUGAGCGGGACAGCGGCCUGGGAGCCACCGGAGGGUCGGUGGUGGUGGUGGUGGCCUCCAUGCAGGGGGCGCACGGGCCCGACUCGGGAACUGACAGCUCCUCGACUGCUGUGUCACAGCCACCCCCGUCGGAGAAGAUGAGCCAGCCCGCUCCGGCCGCGCCGCAGAGUUUCAGCGUUGGGCAGCCGCAGCCGCCGCCGCCCGUAGGUGGGGCUGUGGCUCCAAGCUCGGCUCCGCUGCCGCCGUUCGCUGGAGCCUCUGCCGGGCCGCAGCCCAUGAUGGCAGCCGCACCGCCGAGCCAGCUCCAGGGGGCCGGGCCGGGCGGCGCCCCUCCGGGGCCCGGGGGACAGGUCCUGCCGCCAACGAAUGUAGCCCUGGCGCAGCCGGCUGUGCCCCUGCCUCCGCAGCCUGGCCCGGCCGGCGGCGCUUCUGCCGCGCAGCACCCGCAGCACUUCUCGUACCCCCAGCCUCAGAUGCCGCCUGGGCACUUGCUGCCGGCACAGCCCUCCGGCCAGAGUGAGUACCUGCAGCAGCACGUGUCCGGCUUGCAGCCUCCGAGCCCCGCGCAGCCCUCAUCUACCAGCGCCGGAGCGACCCCUUCCGCCGCGUCCAGCUUUCCCCUGGGCGCCGGCCAGAACCCCGCCUCGGCGGCCGCGCAGCUAGUGAGUGCGUCUCCUCAGCCCAGUGAAGCUGUGGCUCCGGGGCCGGGACCUACGCAGGGCGGGCAGGCCGCGCUUUGUCAGCCAGCUGGUGUGCCCCCGGCUGCUGUGGGAGGCGUGGUGCAGCAGGGCAUGGGUCCUGCGGGGCCCGGGCAGUCCCCGUCGGUGCCUCCGCCGCAGAUCGGUGGCAGUGGUCAGCUGUCAGCAGUGCCUGGUGGCCCUCACACCGUGGUGCCCGGAGUUCCAAACGUGCCUGCAGCGUUGCCCGCUCCAAGCGUGCCUAGUGUGUCUACCACUUCUGUUACUAUGCCAAAUGUACCCGCGCCUCUGGCCCAGUCACAGCAGCUGAGCAGCCAUACGCCAGUCAGCAGGAGCAGCAGCCUCCUCCAGCAUGUUGGGCUGCCCUUAGCCCAAGGCACUCACAGCGCACCAACAAGUCUACCACAGUCUGACCUAAGCCAGUUUCAGACUCAGACCCAGCCUUUAGUCGGGCAAGUUGACGAUACUAGAAGAAAAUCAGAACCCCUACCUCAACCACCACUUUCUCUCAUUGCUGAAAAUAAGCCUGUUGUGAAGCCUCCUGUUGCAGAUGCCCUGGCCAACCCCCUCCAGUUAACACCUAUGAACAACCUCGCCACCUCUGUGUUCAGCAUAGCUAUUCCUGUUGAUGGUGAUGAAGACAGGAAUCCUUCAGCUGCUUUCUACCAAGCGUUCCAUUUGAACACGUUUCAGGAAUCAAAGAGCCUCUGGGAUAGUGCAUCUGGGGGAGGUGUUGUAGCCAUUGACAACAAAAUAGAACAAGCAAUGGAUCUGGUGAAAAGCCAUUUGAUGUAUGCAGUAAGAGAAGAAGUGGAAGUUCUAAAGGAACAAAUAAAAGAAUUAGUUGAAAGAAACUCUUUACUUGAACGAGAAAAUGCACUGUUAAAAUCUCUUUCAAACAAUGAUCAGUUAUCCCAGCUCCCAGCCCAACAGGCCAAUCCUGGUAGCAGUUCUCAGCAGCAAGCAGUGCUAGCACAGCCUCCACCGCCUGCGCAGCCUCCACAGCAGCCGAAUGUCUCCUCAGCAUAAGCUUUCUUAAGCCUCACUAAGGAAAACACUGACAGCAAUCCAUCUGUGUGCCACUGCUGUUCUUCCCACUUUAUACGAAAGCAAGUAGCCAUGCUUUGGUUGUGUGUUUGGCCUUUUCAGUAUUAGACAAUCAUUCUACAAGAGCUUUUCCUCUCUAAGAUGUCAUGCAGCGCUUUCGAUGUCCAGUUCUAUGUCAUCAGUACACACGGAGAAUAAUAGAUGGGGUUUUCUAAAGCAAGCAGAAGUCUGCAUUUCACCUGGUGCGCAUGAGUAGGGUCUUUAAGAGUUUUGGUGGCUCUCCAUGUUUCCUGUUACCAUGGAUUUACCUUGAGCCUUCUUACCACAUUAUAAGUAACAGUUCAUCUAAAGAGCCACUUUUCUUUCAACAUCAGUAACAUUUGCCUACAUAAGUUUUCAUUUAUUUGUGUUUUAUUUAUUACAGGGCUGCUAUUUUCAUAAUGUACAUGAACAAUGUCACAGAACUUUUUUAAUUUUUUUGAAUAAUUAUAAAUAUCAGUAAAGGAAUUGAAAGACAGGAUUGCAUUUAAUAGAUAAAACGUUUAGGCAAUAAUUGAACAAAAGAAUCCUGGCAUAUUUCUAACACUAAUGGCAAUUUAGCUUUGGUAUUUAUUUUCAGUAGUAAAGACCCAGCUUGAAUGUAAAUUUUGUAUAGUGUAAGUAUGAAGAACGUAGUGCAGCUGUACAGGUAGUCACCAGUUAUUGUGAUAUAAUAAAUAAUUGGGCUAUUUUGAUGAAGAAAACUUUGUUCAUUUGUUUCUACUUUCUAAUAGAGAAAUUGCCACGAUUCCUCUGCUUUCUGACAUUUCGUAUGACUUUUCUUUUGGUUGGGAAUAAAAAGCUGUGAAAUUGUUCAACCUACUUUGUAACCAAAGAAGCAAAGCUGUGUAAUGGAGUUUUGUUUUUUGAUUUUUUUGUUUUUUGGGGUUUUUUUUGUUUUGUUUUUUGUUUUUUUUUUUUUUUAUAUAUAUAUAUAUAAUGCACAUUCUUUAUGUAUUUUUAUUUAGUGUUUUCUCGGUCACAAUUUUCUUUGCUGUCUAGCAUGAUCUGCAUGACCUAUAAUCUUUGAACCACUUUCGUACCUCAUGUUUUUAUCCAGCACUCUUAUUGUAAUAUGUACUAGUCUGUGAACAAUGUCAAAUAAAAAAAGAACGAACAGGUGGUUUGGUGGAGCUGAGCUAGUGUGCAAAACGCUAGUUGUACAAAAACAAAAAUGAAGUGAGCCAUCUUUUGUUCAUUUAAAAUGGUGUUUUGAAUUUCGUAUGCAGAAAACGUUUUGUUACAUUGCAGAUUUUAAUGUAUUUAAUAAAUGCAACAUGCAGAUUAAGUGCAGUGUAUACUGAGUAUUUAAAUUAAAAUGUACAUUUCAUAAAUACAGUUUCAAGAGAAAGCAUCAUUUUGUGUAUACUAACACAUUAAGUGUAUGUCAGAAAUUGAUGUAUAAAUAUAUAUUUUAACACAUUUUCUGAAAUUAAACUGCAGUUUUGUUGAAA